AUGCCGGCAGAUUUUACGGUAUUUACUGUCAUCUCGUCACGCAUCAUAACGUCACGGAGAAGGAGUGGCAAGCGGAUCAAGAACAACCUGGACGCCAAGUGCAGGAGCAUGUGGAAGCGCAAACAGCGUGGCAAACCGCUCGGCAUGGGCAAAUACGUCAACAAGCAACCGAGGCGGUGGACGUGCGUGGACGAGCCGGCGGCGGCGGUGCAGUCCGGCUCGCCGGGGCUCGUGUUCUCCGACGACGCCGGUAUGGUGGUGAUGGAGACGAUGCCGGUCGGCGACGUCGUGGAGGUCGAGCACGCCGACUACCUCAACACCAUGGAGCUGGCCGACUUCAGCAGCGUUAAGGUGAUACAGACGUCGAUGGCCGGCUCUGUCCGACUGCUGGGCGGCGACAGCUCCGACCUCCUGUCCUCCAACAACGUCUCGCUGCACGAGGCGAGUGCGCGGGGCGACACCGAGCGGCUGCAGGCGAACAGUCGGCAGUUCCGCGCCGUCAUACGCGAGGACCCAAUGGACGGCAAGCAGCAGCGGCUCGUGUUCAGCAGCGUCAACGACUAAGGCGCUGCGAGACACCAGCAGGGGGCUGUGGGAGCGGAGACUGGGGGAGACGUCGGCAGGGACCAGGGCCUGGGGACGGGGCGGCUGGAGCGGCCUCUCCGCUCGGCUGAGUGGUCGGUCCAACCGCGCCGCCCUGGGGCGUUAUCCGCACGCUUGGUCUGGGGCCACGGGGACUGUUUUUGAAGCACGGUGACCAACCGGGAAUUGCUAUCAGGGGCCUGCAGAUGUCAGUCGUGUCCGGACUUCGCGGGAACGUGGCGGGACGCUGUGAAAUCCCGCCUUCGGGGAGAUGGCGACGGAGCGUGCCGGAAGCCGCGGCGGCAGACGCGAGCCAGCAGGACAUGAGUCGCGCCAGAGCGGCCAGCUCGGGCCGAUCGCCGCGCAGCUGCCCGCUUAUCCGUAUCAAAACCCGUUGGAAAGGUGUCGUCACUGGCUACUGAUCCCGAUCCCGUGUCUGGAGUCGCCUGUCCCGACCCAGCCCCGGUUACAGCCGGUACCUGAGUGGUGCGGGUCUUGUCCGUCGGCGCCUGGAUGUUAGACUAGUUCGUGUCGCCUGGCUGUGUGCCUGUCGUCUGUGGUUGGCGUUCUCUUGCGUAGCGUCGCUGA